GGUGAAGGGAGAAAAGUGACCGAGAGUGACCAGGUUUACCUGGACAGAACCACAAAGCUGAUCUUGGGCUCAGCAAUGCGCAGUGACGCCGGGAGCUACGAGUGUCUGGCUGACAACGGGAUCGCUCCAGUGAGCACAGCGAGAGCCCAGCUCAUUGUCCGAUUUAAACCAGAGAUCCAGAAGGGUGUACAUUUGAGUAAGGAGGCAGUGGCUGGUGAUGGGAUCUCCACAGCUACAUUGAAUUGUAAAGCUGAGGGAAUCCCGGAUGUAGAAUUCUACUGGGCAAAAAAUGGUGUUGCGCUGGAUUCCAAUAAUCCCAGAUAUUUACAGACGACACUACAUGAGGGACCUCUCCACACAGCUCAGCUAAACAUCAUCAAUGCCAGUGCUUCCCUGGACUAUGCAACAUUCACCUGCACUGCUCAGAAUCCACUGGGAUUAGACAUGUUCGAUAUUCACCUAGUCAGCACAGGCCGACCUGAUCCUCCGACAGGACUUGCUGUGAUGAGAAAGACCCACAACUCACUCACCCUGUCAUGGGGCGCAGGAUUCAACGGAGGCUUGGAACAGACUUUCCAAAUCCGGUAUAUUGCUGCAGGAUCUCUCAGCUCUCUUUAUGCUGACGUUUAUCUAGCUCAGGCCUCGAGUUUCACUCUGACGGGACUGAGACCACUGACCACGUACAACGUCUCUGUCAGGGCCAUCAACGCGUUGGGCAGCAGUGAUUACGCGGACUCUGGGAUCGCACUGAGUGUCACCACAUCAGAUACGGGAGUGCCGGAUCCAUUCCCAACCAAAGCUCAGUUCAUCCCGGAGCAGAUUCCAGGUGGUUUGCUGAUUCCGCUGCCCCUCCUCAUCCCCCUCCUCAGCCUCGCCCUCCUUUUGCUCUUCGCGAACAUUGGGAUUAUUGUGGGGCUGAUACGCAGAGUGAGACAGAGAGGGACAGGAAAGGAUACAGAAAAAUCUGCAAGUCUCCAGCGGAAGGAGUUGAAUGAUUAUGCUGACGAUCUGGUUAAUGUUACCUCGAGACGGACAUUAUUGAUCGACACUGAACCUGAGCCCUGCUCUACAACGUAUGAGAGUUUUGAUGGCAGCACCUCACAAGCU